UCUUCAGUUAGUGUGAAACGAACCAACAACUUAAACGAAACGAACGCGCGCGUAAAAUAUACAAAACACAAAACACGCACACAAUUAACACUUAAAUCUCCCCUCGCAUACCGAUAAAGCACCCCCAUACGUAUUAUAAACAAUAAUUUCACUAUAUACAAGAAUUUAACAAUAAAUAAGAGAAAUUGAAUUGAGAAAUUUCGUAAACGAACUAAAAACAACAAAAGAAUCCACAAGUAGCUGAAGAGCAAACUGAAUAAAAUAUAAAUAAAAAUACCAAGAGACAUACAGACAUAUACGCAUACAUACACAUAAGUAGAUUAUACGGAUUCCGAAUCUCGCAUUCACUAAAAAUAUACGUACGUAGAGAGAGGUGACAACUGCAUUGCAUUUGACAUUGGAUGGGGCUCAAAAACGUGAAAGAAAUCGAAAUAAUUAAAUAUUCUUUUCUGACUUUUGGACAUGAUUACUGUUCGAAUUGGCGGCAUUUUAUGGAUUCAUUUGUAAUCUAAUCCAAUGAUGGCCUACGACAUUAGCAUAAAAUACCAAUAUUUUGAGAUGUCUGACAUUGAAACUUGAACAAGACAAAGGGAAAGUCAAGUCAAAGGCAACAAACAAAAUCAAAAUCAAACCAAAAGGAAAAGGAAAAGAAAACAAGUUGUAACUUUCGCGUUUCAGUGAAAAAAUCAACAAAUUAAAUUAACUACGUAAAAAUCCAAAUUCCUCACCUGCCCUCUUUCAACAGAACUAACUUUAAGCUAGUUAAAAUAAUAAGGCAAGAACAACCAAAUACUAACUAAUUACGUUGUAAGUAAAUACAACAAAACGAAACUAAGCGAAACGAAAAGAAAAUACAACAGAAAGUUAGAAUUAACUGAAACAAAAAUCAAAACAAAAAACUAUAAACAAAUGAAGCAAAAGCAACAAGAGCAGCAAAAGCAACAACAAUUGAGCAGUAAAUCAAUGUGCAGCAUACGAAAGCAUAAAAAGCUCAAAGCGAUAACAGCAACAACAACAACAGCAACACUAAGUAGUAAACAUUAGUUGAAACACCAACAACAACAACAACAACACGAUCAACAAGCAUUGAGCAUGCAACAAGCUGGCCAUAUAACACAACAACAACAUCAGCUACAGCAGCAGCAACAACAACAACAGCUACAGCAACAACAUCAACAGCAACAGCUGCAACAAAAUGGCGCCGAUAUGGCCGCCUAUGCCGCUGCCCAGGCCGCUGGCACCGCCGGCAUCAAACGUGCCCCGAUGAGCGGCGGUCGCUUCGAUUUUGAGGAUGGCGGCACCUAUUGCGGUGGCUGGGACGAGGGCAAGGCCCACGGCCAUGGCGUCUGCACGGGACCCAAGCACCAGGGCGCCUAUGCAGGCGCCUGGAACUACGGCUUUGAGGUGUCCGGAUCUUAUAUAUGGCCCAGCGGAUCACACUACGAGGGUCAAUGGCAGAAUGGACGACGACAUGGUUUGGGCGUGGAACAGAUUGGUCGGCAGAUUUACCGUGGCGAAUGGUCCAAGGAUGGUCACAAGGGACGCUAUGGUGUCAGGGAGAGCACAGUAUCGACGGCCAAAUACGAGGGCACCUGGAACGAGGGCUAUCAAGAUGGUUCCGGUUGUGAGACCUAUGCGGAUGGUGGCAAGUACCAGGGUCAGUGGCAGGAGGGCAAGAGGCAUGGCUACGGCAUACGCACCUCAGCGCCCUUUGGCCUUGCCUCACAUCAUCGCCGCAAGAAUCUGCAUGCCUCGUUGAGCUCCCUGCGCAGUGCUGAGAAUGGCAAUGCCGCCAAGGCCACCGAGAAGACUGAGGAUAUUCGGGGUGGCUUUGUCCUGACCGCCAAAUCCGAUAAACUUCCCGUGCGUCGCAACAGUCUCACCGAGAAGACGAAGAAGGGAUUUCUAAUGGGCCUGAAAAUGCGCAAACAGCGAAGUACUGGAGAUCUCGAGAAGCGUGGCACUAUUGCCUCGGGCAGCAUAAGAUCCACAAUGUCGUCGGCCUCAUGGAUAAGCACCGGCUCCGAGCAGUCCAAUUUGACAACAAAAUCUGCGCACACAGAGUCCAAUGCCAGUUUUACCAUGGAGGACGAGCAGCUGGAUCCCACGGUGGUGGAAACCUACAUGGGUGAAUGGAAGAAGGACAAACGCUGUGGCCACGGCGUAGCCGAGCGCAGCGAUGGCCUGAAAUAUGAGGGUGAAUGGUAUAAUAAUCGGAAGCAUGGCUAUGGUGUGACCACGUUUCGUGAUGGCACCGUCGAGGAGGGCAAAUACAAGAACAAUAUAUUGAUCACCAGCCAGAAGAAGAAGCAUUUGUUCCUGGCGCGUUCGCGCAAAUUCCGUGACCGCAUCACGGCCGCCGUCGAUUCCGCGCAGCGCGCCCUCAAAAUGGCCAUGCAACGUUCGGACAUGGCCAUCUCUCGAAUGGCCACAGCCGCUGCCAAGGCCCAAAACGCAGAUGUUGCCGCCGAACAGGCGCGCAUCGAUUGUGAGAAUGCCGUGAGAAUGGCUAGAGAAUUUGCGCCCGAUUUCAAGCCCUCGGUGUUGGAACGUUUCGAGAAGCUGCGUUAUCGGGAGCGAGAGCGUUAUCGAGCUCCUACCGGACAACCCAAUGUGGAUGUGAGUCUGGGCGUCAUGACGAGUGCCGGCAAACCAACAACAAUGCCACCGUUGUCGUCCUCACAACAACAACAACAAUUCUCGCCGGGAAGCAGCAGCGGCGGUGGAUCCGGAUCGGAUGCGUAUGCCACGCAGGCGCAGCGACAGCAACAAUAUCUGGAUAUGCAGCAGCAACAGCGUCGCAUGUCACAGCAGCAACAUGAAGCCGAAUGUCCUGUGCCCUCGUCAAUGUACUCGCAACAAUUGCCCGUGGCGCCGCAAACGGAUUUGUCGGGUCUGGUCAGUCAUGCUCAGCCGAGUCAUGCACAGGUCGUGAGCGCCAUUAAUCAAAUGUAUCACCAGCAGCAGCAUCAGCAGCAACAGCAGCAACAAAGCAAUCCACAAACGAAUCCUGCAUAUCAGUUCCAGCAACAACAGCCGCCCGGUGCUGGCAGCAAGUUGAAUCAGCAGACGCCAUUUGGCGCCGGCAAUGCCAAUCUGACGCCCGGCAGCAGCAGCAACGUUUCGCCGCAACAGCAACAGCAGCAGCAGCAACAGCAAAUGUUGCAGCAGCAGCAGCAGCAAAGACUUUACCAGCAACAACAACUGCAGCAACAGCAAUUGCAACAACAACAGCAACAGCAAUUACAACAGCAACAGCAACAGCAAUUACAACAGCAGCAACAGCAACUGCAGCAGCAACCCUCGUUGCAUGCCUCGCCCAGUCACAAUGCCGCCAACCUGUUGCGUCGCACCUCGCAGCUGGCGCAACAACAGCUGGCGGAAGCCGCAAUGGCAGCCGCACAGCAACAACAGCAACAACAACAGCAGCAGCAACAGCAACAACAACAAUCACAACGGGGUCAGCGACCUCCAAUGCUGGGCCAGAUGGGUCAACAGUCCUCGAUCGAUCAUUUUGACCAUUAUAAGCGUCCGCCAAGCCGCGACUCCUCCAUCGAUCGUUAUGCACGCGCUGCCAGUCGGAUGAGCGGCGCCUUUGCCGGCUCACGUCAGACAUCGCUGGAUCGUUCCGGGCAGACGGACGCGUUGCCCAACGGUGGCUCCAGCACACCCGACGGACGUCCACGGGCUGGCUCAGUAUUUCGGGGCACAACACCAGUGCCGGGUGCCGCUGCAACGACAACCAAUUCAACAAUGACCGGCAACGGUUCGUUGCCCUCUGGCGCCGGCGGGAGAUUGUCGAGAGCUGGCACGCCCAGUUUAGGUGGCGCUGGGCGGGCGCCUAGUCAAAGCAAUGCCGCGGAGCAGCCGCUCUUCUCGUCGCCCAAUCAGCCCUUCGAGGAUGUGCUGCUGCGUCAGCGUACGCUCGGUCAGGAUAUCAUUCCCUCGCCAUUGCAACCCAAACGCACGGAGAGCUUGUAUCUGCCUGCCAAGCCCGCGACACCGGUGGGCAUGGCCAUGGGCGGCAAAGGUGGUGCUGGUGGCGGCGGUGGUGGUGGCAAGAAAAUGAAGACGGUGCCCAUUAAUGUGACGCUGCAGCGAAAGAAAUCCAUGCCUGAUUUUCAGACGCUGCCGCGUGCCACGGAGGCCAUGAGUCGGGAGGAAGUGUCCGCCUUGGGCUCAGCACGCCGUGAGGCAGUGCGUCGUCAAAUCGAAGUCAACGAGCGCCUCAAGGCGAAUCCUUUGUUGUAUUUGGUUAGUCCGCAAGUUAAAGAUUGGUUUGUGCGGCAACAGCUGAUGCUGCUCGUGCUCUUUGUCAAUGUGCUGUUGGCGCUAUUGUUUGUCAAGAUGCUUACCUAGCGCCGGAUGCGGCAAACCACACAGAACAUAUGCAAAACAACAACAACAACAUUCAACGGAACGGCUAAAACUGCAAUAACUGUUUGAGAGUCGUUGUGCGGUUAAGUGUUGAGCAGUUUUGAAGCCAUUGAGACGAAUUUCAAGCCACAGUUCGAAAUGCACUGAGCCCGAAGUGUGCGCUGAAUUUUGUGUAUUUUGUGGAUUCUGUGUGGUUGAAUAUUAAAAUUUUUUUUUUGGGGCUAUAGCUAACAAUCUGUAGCAUUUGCAGUAAACAGAUUAUAAAAAAUAUAUUUCUAAAAUACUAUAUAUAUAAUAAUAUAUAUCAAUAUGUAUAAAAACAAGCAUAAAUCGAAUUAAAUACUAGACUGCAGCCAAAUUGAAAAAAAAGAAACAAAAACAAAACAAAGAAUAAUAUAAAUAAAUUUCAUUUAAAUUACGCAGAGCUUCAUUGCACAAACCGUAAUAAUUUAAAUAUUUAAUUAAUAGAUGGCUAUGCAGCCAUUUUAUAAACCAAAUAUGACAAGCCAGCUAAUCAAUUUGUAUUUGUGGCUAAUAAACAAAUGGAAAAACAAA